GCGCCCGGCGGGCACCGGCCGGGAUGAGCCCCGGGAAGGCGGGCGGGAGGCGCCCGGAGCCCCCGUCCUGCCCGUGCACCUGCGGCUCCGGGCCGUGGGGCAGGGGUGGUGCCCGCCCUUCCUCCCCCGGAGCUCCGGGAGCGGCCGGGGUGUCCGGGAGUCCCGGGCGGCGGCGGCGGGAGGGAAGCGCCGGCUCCGGCAUCACCUGUGACUCUCCGUGCACCGCCCGUAGUGCUGCCAUUUAGUUGGAAGAACCCAGGGAUUUCAAGUUUUGAGUAACAGGCAUCUUGCAAGAUUACCACACCUAAACUGAAAAGGGAGAUGCAGCUCUGAGUACCAGACUUGGUGUGUGCACUGCAUGUACAUGAAAACGCACAUGUUUUUGUCGUCACGUAGGCUUGCUCUGGCCUAUUCCUGAGAGCUUUGCAAUUGAUGAAAAUUAAUUUGAGAACCAGAUGGAGCACCUUGGCAGCACAGGAAUCAGUAAUCCAUGGAAGGACACCUGCCAGUAAUGUUCAACUUUCCACAUGGUCUUCACGGGUGAAAAAAGUCUGCAAGAAGAGAAAGAAAAAACACCCUCUGUGCAGGAGAAGCCUAAUAAAUACCUCCACAAUCUAAAUCAAUAGCUGUGAGGGAAACAGAAGAAUCAAGAGGGCAGAGGAAACUGAUUUAGUUCUAGCAGAGGAAUAAUGUAUGGUCUUCGGCACGUUUUGCUUUGGGCUCAGUGGAUGUGAAUGGACAAUAAAUCAUGACCUUCUGCUGAGCAAUGAUGACUGGAAGUAAAUAAGUUGAGGAACUAUGGGACAAGUCUGGGCAUUGAACUGAGCAAACCUCACCGUCCUUCUUGAGUUAACCAGGUCAUCAAACUUGCAUAUCCCUUCUCCCUCUCCUUUUUCCUCUUUUCACUUAGUGUGAUAUAAAUACUAGCUAAUUGAGCUCAUAAAUGUUAUUCAAAUAAAACAAUUGGAAUACUUCAUAUGUUUCCUUCUUGUACAGCUGCAAAUGUUGUGUCUGGAACUAUGAAUCUGUGCUGUAGACAAGCAUCAAGAAGGAAAGAUCCUGUCAAACAAGCAAGGAAAAUACCUAGAGAAAUAGUGAACCCAGGAAGUCAGAUUUUUAAUGCUGCUUCUCUUUCUUUUUUACAUGAUUAUAUUUCUUCCUUCCUUGAAUUUUAGAAGAUUUUGAAAGAGUGCUUACUUGAUGUGCUUUAAUUCUGGCAUUUGUUUUUUUAUGGUAGAAUGAAAAGUCUGUGAUUCCUUGUAGCAGAAAAAAAAGGGAAAAGUAAAGGAAAAACAGCUUGACAUUGUAGCCCGUUUCACAGGAGAGAGAACUUCAUGGUUCACCUGAGGCAAACUUACCUACUUUGAAAGCUAAAAGCUUUAGAGCAUUUUUGAUUCUGCUAUAAAUGAAGAGAGGGUUCUUUUUCAUUCGUGUGUGGCAGCAAAAAGUGGGAAAGCAGGCAAGAUAGUGUGAUAAACAGUUCAGGCUGUGUUGGGUCUCUGGUGGAAAAAAAGUGCUGCGAUGAAAAUUGGAUUGGCUUUGGAUUGCAAAAACUUUUGAGUCCUGCGAGCGGUUCAGUACCAAGAGGGAUUUCCCAACUGGCCUGGCACACCAGUGCCUGCACAAGUUCGGGUCUGUUGUUUCACACGGUUUGUGUGCCUUUUUUUCCCUUUAUGCAAUCUCUUUCAGCUUUAGCAGCAGAAAUACAUCAGAUGGAAAAGAUAUGCCAGAGGGCAGCUUGGAAAAGAGGAAUGUCAUAUAUAUACAUAUAUAUGUAUGUGUGUGUGUUUAAAUUUCUGCAACUGAACUUUUGAAGAAAAUCUGACUGGAGGAAGUUUUAAAAGCCUUAAGUUACUUGAAACCUACACAUUUGCAACUCUUUGUCUCUGGAAUUGCAUUACGCUAAACUGGAAUCUCAGGCUGAAUAAAGAUUAUAUCAAGUUGAGCAAAAAGAUGACUUAACCAUUUCUUGAGCGCCUCUUAUGAAGUAGCUGUUUCUCCAAAGGAUAAGUGCACCCCCACUCUACAGACUCAAAACAAAAAUGAACCUGAAUUUUUUUUUAAGUGUUACUUUUUCUUAGCCAACUGCCAUCAUCUUUUAUAGAGGAAUUUUUCACUAUGCAUUUGGUGGAUAUUUAUAAACACUGACCCCAUCCUCCUCCCUUUCAAUGAUCUAUCCAGGUCAGUCUUAUCAAUAAAAAAAAAAAAAAUUGAUUUAAAUUUUGUGCACUAGACAUAUUACUUUCUUAUGUCAAAAAAUAAAAUAUUUAAAAAGCAUGUAUGCAGCAGUGGAACAUGGGCCUGUUCUUUGCAGCGAUUCCAACAUCCUCUGCCUCUCCUGGAAAGGCAGAGUCCCCAAAAGUGAGAAGGAGAAACCAGUGUGCAGGAGGCGGUACUAUGAGGAAGGCUGGCUGGCAACGGGCAAUGGCAGAGGAGUUGUGGGCGUCACUUUCACUUCCAGCCAUUGCAGGAGGGACCGGAACACCCCUCAGAGAAUCAACUUCAAUUUGAGGGGCCACAACAGUGAGGUUGUGCUGGUGAGGUGGAAUGAACCAUUCCAGAAAUUAGCAACCUGCGAUGCAGAUGGAGGAAUAUUUGUUUGGAUACAAUAUGAAGGCAGAUGGUCUGUGGAGCUCGUGAACGAUCGUGGGGCACAGGUGAGCGACUUUACGUGGAGCCACGAUGGGACUCAGGCACUUAUCUCCUAUAGAGAUGGAUUUGUGCUGGUCGGUUCAGUCAGUGGACAAAGACACUGGUCUUCAGAAAUAAACUUGGAGAGUCAGAUCACCUGUGGCAUAUGGACUCCAGAUGACCAACAGGUUCUGUUUGGCACUGCUGAUGGACAGGUGAUUGUCAUGGACUGCCACGGGCGCAUGCUGGCCCACGUGCUCCUUCACGAGUCAGAUGGCAUCCUCAACAUGUCCUGGAACUACCCCAGCUUCCUGGUGGAGGACAGCAGCGAGAGCGACACGGACUCCGACGACUACUCCCCACCACAGGAUGGCCCAGCUGCCUAUCCAGUGCCGGUGCAGAACACCAAGCCACUACUGACUGUCAGCUUCACGUCAGGAGACAUCAGUUUAAUGAACAACUACGAUGACUUGUCUCCCACUAUCAUCCGCUCGGGGCUGAAAGAUGUGGUGGUGCAGUGGUGCACACAAGGAGACCUGCUGGCAGUGGCAGGCAUGGAGAAGCAGAACCAGCUGCUUGACCUCAGCAAUGGCUCCCUGCUGAAAAGCGCCCUGGUCAAGUUCUACAACGUGCGUGGGGAACACAUCUACACCCUGGAGACACCUGUGCAGCGUCCCAUCAUCUCCAUCUGUUGGGGUCACAGGGAUUCCCGCCUGCUGAUGGCCUCUGGGCCCGCGCUGUACGUGGUGCGAGUGGAGCACAGGGUGUCCAGCCUGCAGCUGCUGUGCCAGCAGACCAUCGCCAGCUGCCUGCGGGAUGACAAGGACAUCAGCAAGCUGACCCUGCCCCCUCGCCUCUGCUCGUACCUCACCACUGCCUUCAUACCAACAAUCAAGCCUCCAAUCCCAGACCCAAACAAUAUGAGAGAUUUUGUCAGCUACCCAACAGCUGGGAACGAGCGGCUGCACUGCACCAUGAAGCGGACGGAGGAUGACCCGGAGGUCGGGGGUCCCUGUUACACACUGUACUUGGAAUACCUGGGGGGGCUGGUGCCCAUCCUCAAAGGACGUCGGAUCAGCAAGCUGCGGCCGGAGUUUGUCAUCAUGGAUCCUAAAACAGACGGAAAAGCAGAUGAAAUCUAUGGAAACAGCUUGAUUUCCACUGUGAUUGACAGCUGCAACUGCUCUGACUCCAGCGAUAUCGAACUCAGCGAUGACUGGGCAGCAAAGAAAUCUCCAAAAAUCAGCCGAGCUAGCAAAUCACCUAAACUCCCCAGAAUCAAUAUAGAAGCUCGCAAAUCUCCCAAGAUGUCACGAGCUGCACAGGAGAUCUCAAGAUCACCAAGGUUACCAAUAAGGAAACCCUCUAUUGGUUCUCCAAGCCUGACACGAAGAGAGUUUCCUUUAGAAGACAUUACUCAGCACAACUACCUUGCUCAGGUCACAUCUAAUAUCUGGGGAACCAAAUUUAAAAUUGUGGGUUUGGCUGCUUUCCUACCAACUAACCUUGGUGCAGUAAUAUAUAAAACCAGUCUGCUGCAUCUGCAGCCCAGGCAAAUGACAAUAUAUCUCCCAGAAGUGAGGAAGAUUUCAAUGGACUACAUUAACAUGCCUGUCUUUAAUCCAAAUGUUUUCAGCGAAGACGAAGAUGAUCUACCAGUGCCCGGCGCCCCCGGCGCGCCCGCCAGCAGCCCGCCCUGCACCGUCAACAUCCCCAUCGCGCCCAUCCACAGCUCGGCGCAGGCCAUGUCGCCCACGCAGAGCAUCGGCCUGGUGCAGUCGCUGCUCGCCAACCAGAACGUGCAGCUGGACGUGCUGGCAAACCCGCCGGCCGAAGCGGGCGGCGAGGGGCCGGGGCCUUUCCCGGGGGCUCCGGGCCGCUUUCCCGGCCCCGGGGCAGGCGCGCUGGCCGUGGGCGAGCUGGGCCGCCCGGCCCCGCCGCCGCUCGCCCCGCCGCCCCCCGCGCCCCCCGCCAUCGCCCUGGCCGACCUGCGGGACCAUGGCGACCGCGAGCAUGAGCCCCCGCCCAAGGCCAAGGCCCCGCGGCCCGGGCCGCCGCUGGUGGAAGGGGACGCCGUCAUCUUCGGGGCCGCCCAGGAGCUGCAGCUGAACAAGAUGAACCCGCCGCCGCCCUACCCCGGCACCAUCCCCGCCGUGCCCGCCACCCCCCUGCCGCCCCCGCCCGGGCCCCCGCAGCCGCCCCUCGAUCUCUGCCUCAAGAAGGGCGAGUUCUCCCUCUACCCGGCGGGGCACUACCAGACGCCCCUGGGCUACGAGCGGAUAACGACGUUCGACAGCAGCGGGAACGUGGAGGAGGUGUGCCGGCCUCGCACCAGGAUGCUCUGUGCCCAGAGCACCUACACCCUGCCGGGCCCCGGCAGCUCCGCCACCUUGCGCAUCACGGCUGCCGAGAAGAAGAUGCAGCAGCCCUGUGCCAGCGCCACCUUGAACCGGCUCACGGUGCCCCGCUACUCCAUCCCGGCCGGGGACCCGCCGCCCUAUCCUGACAUUGCCAGCCAGCUGUCCCAGGGCAGAAACAUGGCGCAGAGGCUGGACAGCAGUAUCAUUCAUGCUACUCUGCGGAGGAACAGCAGAGAGGCAGCCCUGAAAAUGGCUCAGCUGAUGGAUGGUCAGAGAGCCACCCUGCAGCUUCCCCCUAAGGCCAAGAGCAACAUUGUGUCAGCACAGUACCAGCAGAGAGUGCCCACGGCCUUGUACACCUGCAGCCAAUGCAGCAGUGGCGGCACUGGCAGCAGCAGCAGCAGUGCGAGCGCUGGUGGCGCGGGCAACAUCGCUGGUGCCAAUGCUGGUAGCAGCACUUCCAGCAUUGGUGCCAUGAGACCAGAUCUGAGCACAGGGAGUGGCUCCCAACACAGCUCUGUCAUUGCUCACUCUGUCAGUACUUCGCCUCUGGCCUCCCAGUCCUCCUACAGCUUGCUGAGCCCGCCUGACAACUCCCGUGACCGAGCGGAUUAUAUCAACUCCGCUUUCACGGAGGAUGAGGCCCUUUCUCAGCACUGCCCAGUGGAGAAAUCGGUACGGCACGUACCUGUGUCCUUGACAGAGGCUACCCUGAGUGUAAAACGGCCGCCGCCGUACCAGUGGGAUCCUAUGGUGAGCGAAGAGAUCUGGGUUCCUCAGGAAAGGACAUCUCAGAGCUCAGUUCCCAACCCUCUAAAACCUCCUCCGCUCAUCAUUGGUCAAGCUCAACAUCUGGAUAUGUCUCGAGUGCCAUUUGUUUCCCCCAAGUCUCCAACCAGUCCCACUGCCACUUUUCAGACAAGUUAUGGGGUUGGAGUACCUUACCCAGGAAGCUACAGCGCCCCACCCCUUCAGGGAAUGCAGGCCCCCUGCUCCCCCAAAGAAGCUCUGGCCCCAACACAGUUUGCACAGCAGGAGCCCUCAGUUGUGCUUCAGCCAGGUUACUCAUCCAACCUCCCCUACUGCCCUUUGCCGCCCAUGUACCCGGGAAGCAGCACUUGCUCUAGUUUACAGCUGCCACCGAUCGCCUUGCACCCCUGGAGCUCCUACAGCGCCUGCCCGCCCGUACAGAACCCCCAGGGCACGCUGCCCCCCAAGCCGCUCCUCGUGGUGGAGAAGCCGGUGAUGUCUCCCCCGCCAGCGGAGCUGCAGGGCCAUGUGGGCACAGAGGUAAUGGUGGAGACGGCAGACACUUUCCAGGAGGUGCUCUCCUUGACAGAAAGCCCUGUUCCCCAAAGGACAGACAAAUUUGGUAAGAAGAGCCGGAAACGCCUGGACAGUCGAGCCGAGGAAGGAAAUGUGCAGGCUAUCACUGAGGGUAAGGUCAAAAAGGAGGCAAGGACACUGACUGACUUCAAUUCACUGAUAGCCAGCCCUCGGCUGGGGAGGGAGAAAAAGAAGGUCAAGAGCCAAAAAGAUCAGCUGAAGUCCAAGAAACUAAACAAGACAAAUGAGUUUCAGGACAGUUCAGAGAGUGAGCCGGAGCUUUUUAUCAGCGGAGAUGAACUGAUGAACCAGAGCCAGGGCAGUAAAAAGGGUUGGAAAACUAAAAGGAGUUUGAGGACAGCCAGUGAGCUGGAUGAAUUCAAGUGCCGGAAGGCCAGUGAGAAGGAGGAUGGGCGCCUGGGAAGCCAAGGCUUUGUGUAUGUGAUGGCCAACAAGCAGCCGCUGUGGAACGAGGCAACACAAGUCUACCAGCUGGACUUCGGAGGGCGGGUGACCCAGGAGUCAGCAAAAAACUUCCAGAUUGAGCUGGAAGGACGACAGGUGAUGCAGUUUGGAAGAAUUGAUGGCAAUGCUUACAUUUUGGACUUUCAGUAUCCAUUUUCUGCAGUGCAAGCCUUUGCUGUUGCUCUGGCUAAUGUGACUCAACGCCUCAAAUGAAAAAGCAGAGACUGGAGAGAGGAAAAUGUUAACCUUCUCAUAAAGUCCAAAUGGGAAAUGUCAGGGCAGCCUGCUUUAGGUGUGCAGAGAUGCCUGGGAGUUAAGAAGGCAGUAAAACUGGAAAAGUCUCUUGGUGCCCACCAGAAGGGCAUUAACUCUAAUCAGUCACGGGGUGGAGGGUGGGGGGCUGUUUUCUGUUUGUUUGUUUGUUUGUUAGCUUGUUUGUUUUCUGGUUUCUUUUUCUUUUCAAGCAUUGUGCUGGGUCUCAGAAAGAGCAAAGGGUUGAGAAGCGUUCAGUGUUACGUGGAGAAGUGUGGCUUUUGGCUUGUUGUGGUGGUUCUGCUGUGUGUGCUACAGUAGCUGAUGUAAGCUCAUGGGGGGAUUAAAACAGACUGCUCUUCUUAGACUGCCUUAUCUCAUGCUAUUCUUUUUAAAACAGGGAACAUGACUUUUUUCUGGUCCAGUUUGUACUUCUACUACUAAAACAUCAGUGAUAGCAGCAAAAAAGUAAAAAAAGAAAAGAAGCUAUAAUACUUGAAGACGUGUUUCUUCUCUGAUACCUGCUAUUAACUGAGCAUCACAGUUUCCAAGGAGGCUUAUGUAGGUAAACGUUUAAUUUAUAAACAGUUAUGUAUUACUCAAAAGAGAAAAAAUUGUUUCCAGUGAGUGUUUGUCAUGGUUUAGGAAUGGUUUUCUCCAGUUUAGUGUUUCCACCAAAACACUUCAAACCAUGCACCUCUUGCUCACUGCCACCUCCCCUUUUCCCUUCCCUGAGUUGGAUGGAGAGGAGAAUUGGAGGCACAAAAGGUAAAGAUCACAGGUAGAGAGAAGAACAAUUUACUGCAAACAGCAGUGAAAUAAGAAGACAAACAGUAACAGCAGCAAUGUUAAUAACAGAGUGCAUGAGAGGUGAAGGAUUCACACGUGUGUGCUCACCAAGGGGAGCCUCUGCCAGUACCUGACUGUGCUGCCACACUAUGGGACCCUUCCCAUGGCCCCAGACAAUGAUUGGAGGUGGUAUAGAAUAGCCUCUAGAUUCUAGCCAUGCCCUCUCCUGGCUACUGCAAAAAUCAACUCUGGCCUGGCUAGAACCAGGGUUUAAAAACCUAGUGCAUCAAAGAAGUUGAUGUCUGUUUGUUUUGUAUGCUGUUAAGGGGGAUAAACAUCUUGCAGUAGGUGACAGAAGACAGAGAAGCAGUUACAAGCACUGCUUCUUUUGUUACUGGCAUAAACAUCUUUCAGUAGGUGAAAAAAAACUGGAGAGGAUAUAAUCAUGGGUUUUGCUUUUUUGUUCACAUUGUUCAGCAGUAUUUUAUAAUUUGGCCUGUAGCUGGGAGAGGUACAGUGUGAUCAGAUGUACCUCUGAGGCCGUGCCUGUGCUUGCUCCUCAUUUCAGUGUGUUUACACCAUGUAAACAAAGCUUUUCCAGCAAAUGAGAAGACCCAGUGCAUUCAGUCGUCUUAGCAAUCAGUAUCAAUCAAGUUCUACAGCAGUGCUUGAAUUAGGAAGGAGACAGAAGUGCGUAGCAAGUCAUUACAAGAAGAAAUUUCAUCAGGGAAGCAAAUUCAUUGCAGGAAACAACAUCAUGGCUGGCUGGAGAACAAAUUAUUUGAAAGAGAAAGGAAAAAUUGGACAGGAUCAUGUCUUCUGUCACCCACCUUGCUACUUGCUCCAGCUAAGAGCAGGAAGCCAGUGUCUACAUGGAGUGUGAUGGACGAAAGCUUAAUACCAGUAGUAUGACUGUGCAGUUCUCGCUGGUGCACAUGUGGACAUGUUGAGCAUUUCAGAAGGUUGCUUGCACAGAAGAGUUUUUUUGUUGUCCAUGUGUUGUGCACGUUUACUUGCUUUUUCUCUUUCCUUGUCAGCAUUUUGCUACAGAAUAUGUUUUGAUAUGAAAAUAGUUUCACCAGUAAUGUACAAACCCCCAAACUAUUCAUAUAAUUAUUUGGACAUUAGAUUACAAAACAUCACAGCAGAUUUUUGUAAAAAUGGAUCUUUUGAAGUUAAAAGAUCACUGGGAAAGAUAUGCCGGUUGAGAUGUCAACAGCUGCUUUGUCUUUCAUCCAUGGUUUGGCUUCUUUACUUGAAAAAGCCCGUAUAACUUCAGAUGAAUACGUGUGAUUUUCUCUCUCUGUUUUUCUUGAGCCCUAGUAGUAGGGCUGAUGGGUGUUGUGUUUGAUUUAUUCUAGAGGAACAUUUCACAUAAGACCUUGCUGUAGUAGAAAUUGCCAGUAUGCAGUGAGCUGCUCUGCUGAGGUUUCCAGAGCUGAUCAGCACGGAGGAGCAAUGCCCCUAGAGGAGUUUCAGAGAGUUGCCAGGGGAGGUGAUGAGUUAGACUGGACACUGCCCCACAGGGUAGGUCCAGGAAAAACCACCUGUGAGAUGGUGUCAUUGGAAGGGAGGAAGGAGAAGUGGGAAGGAAGGAGUGGGGCAGUAGAUACCAUGCCUGUAUUAUCCCAAAGCUUAGCAGCUUCUGCUUGUGUGUGGGAGUGGCCAGGCUCAACAUUACCCUUGGCAUCUAGCAAGGUGUUUUCUUUUAUUAACUAAUUUUGUUUUCUUUAAUUGUCUGGGCCCACUUGUGUUCUUUUUCAUGUGCUUGAUUUACUCAACAGUUUGAGUGCCUGUAUGUUUUAUGUGUGUGGAGCAGAGGAACUGAAAUAGAUUUGGUUCUGGUCCCUUGAAAAUCAAUGGAAAUGUUUCACUUGUUGGUUUUUAUUGAGGAAACACUAUUAAGCCCUUUGUCUAUAUUGAGUUACAUGCUGUAAAAACAGUAGGUUGAAUUCUUAGUCCACUGAUUCCAGUGCACAAGGAGGGAAAUUGGCUGAUGAGAGGCCUCACCUGCCCUAAGGUCUGUGCUAACCAGCUGUACCCUAAUUAGUGUUUGACAGGCACACAGUGAACACUGUAAGACAAGAAACAUACCAGGGCUGGCUUGUUUGCUUGCCGAGGGAAGGGCCACUUAGUCAUAUGUCAGAAAUGCUCUUCUGGAAAAGCAUCCCCAGCCAAAAUUAUUAGGACGUGGAAACAAUGUGAAUGUUCUUUUCUGAAGAAAAUCUAAUCGAAAUAAGGAGUUCUGCUUGCAAUUUCCUAACCUUCCAGAGAAUAGUAUUCCUCUUCACUUUGUUUAUUGCCAAAUUUUUCCAGUUAUCAGUAGUUUUGUUCUAAUGGAGAACCAAGAAUUGAAACCAGUAAAACAAAUAACAGUUAGUAAUUUGGUUUCAUUGGUCCAGGUCAUGAUUGCAUCCUUCUGAUAGCACUCACAAAGAGCCAUGGCAUAGAAAGAGCUCUGGUUUCUGCCUCAGCAAAGAACAAGGAAUAAUUGCCAAAAAAUUGGGAAAAUAAAUGCUAUUUCCAACAUCCUUUCCAUUUACUUGUCAGAAAAUUCUUUAAGAUAAGAUAGUAUUUUAUCUUUUUGAAAAUAAUUUAGCUGAGUCUCUUUAAUUAAGGAUUUUAAUAUUUAGAGAAUCCCCAAUUAGAGGAAGAAAAUACUCUCAAAUAUAUAGAAUGUUAAUGAAAGGUAAAUACAUAGAAGUCUGAGUGUGCAACUGGAUCCUAAAUUAUAAAAAGAACAAAUGAAAGUAAUUUUAUUCUAAAUUGAGAUACAACAUUAGGAAACAAGUAAGAAUAUCCCCACUUAAUCCCUUUAAUUGUGAAGACUGCUAUUGCGUUCAGCCGAAGGAUAGAUGUUACAUUUUCUAUUUUGUAAGUUUUUCUGUAGGUAACUUAAGUAAUUCUAGGAAGAAUGUAGCAAAGUGUUCAGGAAUAUCUAGUUAUUUUAUACAUGCAGUAAUUUCCACUGAAAGGAUGUAAAGGAUGUUUUUUCCAAAGCUUAUUUUUUUCAGUUGUGCAAUAAUUUUAACAGUCUAGGGAGUUUCUUUUGGUUUUUUUGGGUUGGUUUUUUGUUUUGUUUUAGUUUGGGUUUGAUUUUUCUGUAGGGAGUCUUGAGUGGUUUUUUGAAGAUAAUUUAAUGCAGAUUUCCUGUUAAUGUCCAAAAAACAAAUUAUUUUUUUGCAUAAGGUAAUGAGUGAUUUAGGGAUUAUUUUUUUACUAUCUAUCAGUGAGUUAUACACACUUAUUUAUGUUUAAAGAGCAUCUUUGUAAGCAAUUGUUUGCUAGCAGUUAUAUUUUGCUGCAAGAAAUUAAAACUGCUUAUAGGAAGACCUGGUUUUGCUGGAUAAUAUGCAAAAACUUCAUAAUGCAUGCAAAAAUAUUUUUUGGCAGCUAAACACAAUGAGUUUGCUAUGGAGAGCUAUGCAGACUACACAGUCUAGAUGAGUUCUUUGGGACCUGCAGAAAUCUGUCCUAUGUUUUCCUUCUUUAUUUGUAACUAUACUCUGGUUGGGAGUGGCUUAAAAAGUAGAAGGCAUGGUUUGCUUUUUGUUGAGGUAUAAGAUAAGGUGAGUUAUGUGAUAAGAGAGGGUGUGACGGCAUGGGCUGUUGGUAAGGAGGUCACUGUAGUUCAGUUGGGGUUGGUGAUGGCACAAUUCAGUGCCAGGUGGAGGUACAGGCAAACUAGCUUGGAAUCAGCUGAGGCACAAGGAAUAGUGCAGCAGUUUCCUCUAAAGCAUUUUCCUCUGUUCAGCCUAAAAGUGCUCCUCCUGCAGCUGGGCUCAGCUGCUUCCAGCACUGCCACCGUGCUUCUGGCAGGUGCUGCACAGAGCUCAUGGAGCUGUGCCCUGACGUUGCCUGCAGCAGCUUUGCCUCUCCAAGAUGCUCCAUAGGAGACUUGUUGGAGCAGGUGUUGCUCCACUCAUCCUUCUAGGUCUGCUCCAAGAGCAGCAGGAAGCUGCCAUGGAGUUUAGCUGCAGCAGCUUUGGGCAGAGGGAGCCCCGAUGCCAGCCAGCAGCUACGGUGUCCAUGUGAAGUCAGAAUCUGCUCUGCAAAGGGAUGAAACCAAAAACCUGAUAAUUUUGAAAAAAUAAUGGUGAUAUCCUUGAAAUAUUAUUAUCUCAAACAGAAUCCAAAAAUUGAUAUUUAAAGUCUGGCAUAAAUGUAAGGGCAACAGUAGGAAUACAUAUUUCUGCAUUCUUACUGUUUAAACUGUGAGAAUGCAUGUUUCUGCAACAUCCUGAGAAACUAUGAGAAGGUGGGUGGUAAGAGAUGGGGGAAAAAAGGCAUUAUCACAUUAGCAAUUUUGCACUCACUUCCAGAGUGAGUAUCAUGUGCCAUGGGCUGCCUGAAUAUCAGUGAAUCUGCACACAGGUUAAGCUCAGUUACAGAAGUUUCCUGUGAUGCGGCCACAGGUAAAACAGUGUUUUUAUGAAGAUGCAUGAAGGUCUACAGGUGUCAGACAAGCAUAUCUAACUUUCCUGAAGCCUUCAGCCUAAACUUUCCAUAGAUCCAGGCUUUCCUUGAAGUGUCUUUUUAGUGUCCUCAGAAAUUACAAACAUUGGAGAUUAUGGAGCUUGCCUGACUGUUGCCUCAGACAAUUUCUGUGCAUUUGCUUUUUGCAGCCUGAUGUGUAUGAUCCUAUGUUACCUUGGUGCCCUCUUACCUCUCAGAAACAUUUUACAUCCUCAUAUAAAAAGAGCAGAAAGUGCAAAAACUGAUUUGAUGAAAGAGAAGAUGUCCGGUUAUCUCGGCUGUUUGAGGGGCCUGGAAAGGUCCGGGGUGGCCUUGGGGCAGCCCGCGUAUCGAAGGACGAGAAGAGGCUUCAGUUCUUCUUUCGGUUUUUAUGUUUAUUAAUUGUUUAUCUAAAAGAUGUUCUUUCAGCCGAACAGAGAUCUGCUCAGCAGUCAGCCAUGAGCACACUGUCUGCCCUCCCGGGCAGCCACGUAUCUUUAUACCCAUUUUUACGUGUACAAUAUUUAUCAUUUCUCCCCAAUACCAUUUAUUCUUAUAACUCGGUGCACUCUCAGUAAUAACCAAUCCAAGAGUGCCACCGUGGCCAAAGAAGAUGGAGGAGAAGAGGAAGAAGAAGAAGGACAGGACACACCCCAAUUCCUCCAUCUUACUCCUCUAAACCCCCCUGUACAUAAAUCCUAAACCCUGUGUCUCACCCUCUAAUUAGCUAAUCCCUUCACCAUUCACCCUGGUGAAGUCCUCCUAUCCUCAUCCUGUGUAGGGUCAAAGUGCAGCCACCAGACACUUCUGGCAACAUUCCAGGAGUCCCGAGCCCCCCCAAGGGUGGUCUCGAUGGCCCGGCAUCUCAGGACUGAAAUCUUGAGAUCCGACAAGAAGACACAGUAAAUUUUCAUUAACUUUUAAGAAUGUGUUUCCCAGAGCAGCAAUCAGGAAUUGCAUGUCUGAAGGGCCCAAAUUACUCCAGACCAGUAAAUCAGACUUAGAGAUUGGUAAGAGAUGAGACCCUUGUGUGGCCUGCUGACAGAGAGCCAACUUCCAGCCUCACCACAUGGUUACACCAAGAUGCAUAAGAGACCAGAAUCCAACCCAAAAGGUACUUCCCCAUUACUGUGUGAUUAAAGUUGACUUGUGUGACCCAUGCAUAUCCACUCGAGGAAAUUAUAGAGCAUUACCCAAUAGCCAUGUUGACAGCUCAGUAUAACCCUCCUUGAAGAAUGCUAGAAGUAAAAUCCUGGCCACAGAGUAGUCGUUCAGAUUUUUGACUUUUAUUCCCAUUUGUAGGAUUCCAUCACAGGACAGGAGGGCAAGCUGUUGAUGUUAUUUAGAGAUUGGCAUAAUAGUUUUCCCAGUGUAAGAGAGCAAGUCACCUAUACUGCUUACAAAAAUGGGAAAAUUCCAGUAGAAUUGGUUUUUGUGUUCAUGUCUCUUCCCCUUCAAGGCACAAACCUUCAUUAGUAAAUACCAAUUUAGAGUCUUGCUGCCCUCAGGAGUAGUCUGCAGGGACGCACCACAGGUCCUCUUUACAGGAUUGGAAUUUACAUGCACCAUUCUCAAAGGAAUAAAAUUAAUUACUACUUGUGAACAAUAGUCUAUGUGAAUUAUUUUGUCUUUGUAUUUAUUUAAUAUUCUUAAGAAGUCCCACAGAGAUGUUUUUAAGAUUAAAAGACUGCUUUCCCUGUUGCCUGAUAUUACUGAAGAUAUAUCAGGAGUUUCUUUGGGCGGUUUGAUUGUUGCUGCGUCUAGAAAAUUUUUAAGGCAAAAGCAAUUAAUGAAACAAAAGAAUGAAAUAAGAUUCGGUGAAGCAAUUCUUGCUAAGAAAACUAAAAGCUUCACCCUUUAACUUUGGAUUUGGCAAAUGAAUCAGUAAUGAGAAAUUUGUGUUUCAAGGCAAAUUGAUUGUUUGGGAGCGCUGUGCAAGUGCACUGGUUUGCUGUCCCAGAGCUGACUGCGGGAUCAAGAAAACAUGCUGUUGUGAGACAAAAUUAAAUAAAUGAAAACACCAAAUACUUACCUAUCCAGAGUGUUCAAUGAAAAUUUCGAUGGUGUGAUGUCAAAGCCUGCCAGUCUGUUCUUAACCCUCUGGUUUACAGUUUUAAAAUAUGGACUGAUCAGCAAUUCUAAAUCCUGAAAAGGUUGUCUAUAUUUUUGGAAUUUUAUCUGACUGGCCAGGUAGAUGGCUUAAGAUACAGAUAAAGAUUAAAUUAAUAAUGAAAGAGAAACAUUUUUGGACAGUGUGUAGACACCUGAGUUUCAAGUAUUUCACAGGAAUAAUGCUCGGCCAGUAAUUCUUACCUAUGUUGUUUGAAGCUAUUUGUUCAGAACUUUUCUAACUUGCCCUUUGUUUCUUUAGUUUGCUUGAUAUUUAUUUGCCUUUGGUUGCUUUUCAUUUCUGUUUCACUGUUUCAGCAUUUGCUGCUUCUUUUUCUGUGUGUUGUGUGUUUUGGGAAGGGUAUGUCUGUUCAAGACCUCGUUGUUUAUUGUAGAUACAAUAUAUGGUGUUGUGGAAUAGCAUGGGGAUGCAUUCGAUUGAAAAGGCACUGCAGUGUUUCCUGAAAAAGAAGGGGAGUUGCAUUUGUUUAUAAAUGCAUUAUUUUGGUACUAUAACUUUGAAAGUGAUUUGGGAUUUUUUUCCUUUCUUUUUUUUUUUUUUGUUUGGUUUUGUUUUUUAGUUUUUCUUUUAAAUUUAAUGAGUAUAGAGUCAUGCAGGUGCAUGCAUUCUUAAGUGAGCAAGCCCAGCAUGUUUUUCUUAAGACUUUUGAAAAUUUGGUAUACCAUUUGUGAACUUUAUUUACCUAGACUAUUUUUAAAUUUUUUUAUCUCCUUUUUUUUUUCUCCUGAAUAUACCAUGGUAUACUUGGUUUCCAUUGUGCUUAAAAACUACCCUGAUCUGCCUCUCCUUUUAUGUAUCUUGUGUAAUAGAUUUUGCAGGAGGUGCCUAGAAAGUAUUGUUGGUUUCCCUAUAAAAGUGUGGUUUGUCCAGAUUCUUUACUGUCUACAUGAUUGAGAGAUGGACUGAUUGCCCUAUUUUUCCUUGAUGAUUCGGAGUUGUAAGAGUUGUCCAGCUGUUGCUUAAUAAAAUUUUGCAGACUAGAAAGUUGCUGAUUUGUUUCUGUUGCAUUCUGCAUCUUGUCAAGCACCUAAAUACUUUUAAAGCAGAUGAUAAAUCUGUGCUGGAACAACCUGAAUAAUAACUAGCCAGGUGCCAUUGCACUUUCUCUUUUCAGGAACCGUACUCACAAGUUCACUGGACGUGGUGCAUGUACCAGCCCCAUCAUACCUUGUGUCAUUCACAUGACAGGAUGGAUGGCAAAGAUUUUCUGGUGGUAGUGUUCCUAUCUGCCUCAAUAUCAGGUGGUUCUUGUGAUAUUUCUACCCUGCUUGCUUUCCUUUUUAAGGAAAUUACUUUUGGGGUUUGUGUACUUCUGAUUUUGUCAUUGACAAACUGAAAACCUUAAC